AUGACCAGUCCAAAGAACCAAUUGCUAUUUUGCUGUAAUUGUUGUGAUGGCAGUGCUAGUUGUGAUAAAACUAAUAGUAUUUGUGGUUGUAGUAGCAGUGGUAGUAAUUGUGGUAAAACUAAUAGUGUUUGUGUAUGUGGUUGCAGUGGUGGUGGUAAUAAUUGUGAUAAAGCUAAUGAUGUUUGUUGCAAUAAUAGUGAUAAAAUUACUUGUUGCUGUUGUACUCGUGGCGAUGGUGGAGAUGAUAAAGUUGAAGUUAUUUGUGAUUGUAGUGAUGUAACUAAUGGCAAUCUUAAAGAAUAUAUUUUUUUAGAUAAUAAAUUAGCAUGA